AGGUAAACAUUACCAAAUGAGGAGAAAAGGAAGAUGUCAUCGAGUAUCGGCAGCAAGGCAUUCUUCUUCCCCAUGCAGUAUUAAGCACUCCCCGACACGAGAAACCUUGACAUACGCUCAAGCUCAAAGAAUGGUUGAAAUAGAAAUUGAAGGUCGCCUGCACAGGAUCAGUAUCUUUGAUCCUUUAGAGAUUAUAUUAGAAGAUGAUCUUACAGCCCAGGAAAUGAGUGAAUGCAACAGCAAUAAAGAAAAUAGUGAAAGACCACCAGUUUGUCUAAGAAGCAAACGGCAUAAAAAUAACAAAGUGAAAAAUCUUCCGAGCUCACAUGGCAUACCUGCUACAACAGCUCCUCUUCCGGAACCAAAAGUACGGAUUGUUGAAUACAGUCCCCCUUCGGCUCCUCGGAGACCUCCAGUUUAUUACAAAUUCAUUGAGAAGUCAGCAGAAGAACUUGAUAAUGAAGUUGAGUAUGACAUGGAUGAGGAAGAUUAUGCGUGGUUAGAAAUAAUAAAUGAGAAGCGGAAAAGUGAUGGGGUGUCAGUUGUUUCACAAAACAUGUUUGAAUUCCUUAUGGAUAGGUUUGAAAAAGAGUCUUACUGUGAGAACCAAAAACAGGGUGAUCAUCAGUCUUUAAUUGAUGAAGAUGCAGUGUGUUGUAUAUGCAUGGAUGGUGAAUGUCAGAACAGCAAUGUAAUCCUGUUUUGUGAUAUGUGUAAUUUGGCAGUACAUCAGGAAUGCUAUGGGGUGCCAUAUAUACCUGAGGGCCAGUGGCUCUGCAGACACUGUCUGCAGUCCCGUUCUCGGCCUGUAGACUGUGUGCUGUGCCCAAACAAGGGAGGUGCCUUUAAAAAGACUGAUGAUGAUCGUUGGGGACACGUUGUGUGUGCUUUGUGGAUUCCAGAAGUUGGAUUUGCCAAUACAGUUUUUAUUGAGCCAAUUGAUGGUGUCAGGAACAUUCCCCCAGCCAGAUGGAAGUUAACGUGCUACCUCUGUAAACAGAAAGGUGUUGGUGCCUGCAUCCAGUGCCACAAAGCAAACUGCUAUACUGCAUUCCAUGUGACGUGUGCUCAAAAGGCCGGUCUAUAUAUGAAAAUGGAACCUGUGAAAGAACUAACUGGCAGUGGGACAACAUUUUCUGUAAAAAAGACUGCCUAUUGCGAUGUACAUACUCCACCAGGUUGCACACGGAGACCUCUAAAUAUUUAUGGAGAAGCUGAAAUCAAAAACGGUGUUUGUAGAAAGGAGGGAUCAGUCAGAACUGCUAGGUCUACAUCAAAAGUCAGAAAAAAGACAAAAAAGGCCAAGAAAACAGUGGUCGAACCCUGUACGGUUAUGCCAACAGUAUCUGCUCCUUAUAUCCCCCCCCAGAGAUUAAAUAAGAUUAUGAAUCAGGUGGCCAUUCAGCGGAAGAAGCAGUUUGUUGAACGAGUGCACAGUUACUGGUUGCUUAAAAGACUGUCUAGGAAUGGUGUUCCUCUGUUGAGAAGGCUGCAGUCCAGUUUACAGUCACAAAGAAACACACAACAGAGAGAAGAUGAUGAAGAAAUGCAAGCCUUAAAAGAAAAAUUGAAGUACUGGCAAAGGCUACGCCAUGAUCUUGAAAGAGCACGUUUGUUGAUUGAACUUAUACGUAAGCGUGAAAAAUUAAAAAGAGAACAGGUGAAGAUUGAGCAGGUUGCUAUGGAACUUCAGCUUACUCCAUUCACUGUACUUCUGCGAUCGGUUCUGGAUCAGCUGCAGGAAAAGGAUACUGCUCGUAUAUUUGCUCAGCCAGUGAACCUUAAAGAGGUUCCAGACUAUUUGGAUCAUAUUAAACAUCCUAUGGAUUUCUCUACCAUGCGAAAACGGUUAGAUGCUCAAGGCUAUAAAAACCUCAGUGAGUUUGAAGAAGACUUCAAUCUUAUAAUAGAUAACUGUAUGAAAUACAAUGCAAAAGAUACAAUAUUCUAUAGAGCUGCAGUGCGGUUAAGAGAUCAAGGAGGUGUAGUUCUCAGGCAAGCUAGGCGAGAUGCUGAAGGAAUCGGUUAUAAUAAUGAAACUGGAAUGCAUUUACCUGAACGGCCUAAACUUGAGUCACCUCAGCCUUUCUCUUGGGAGGAUGUGGAUCGGUUACUGAAUCCUGCAAAUAGAGCGCAUAUGUCCUUGGAAGAACAGCUGAGAGAGUUGCUAGAAAAACUUGAUCUCACCUGUGCAAUGAAAUCCAGUGGGUCAAGGAGCAAAAGAGCAAAGCUGUUAAAGAAAGAAAUCAGCAUUAUUCGCAACAAAUUAAGUCAGCAACACAACCAAGCUCCUCAAAUAGAAUCAGGUAUUGGAAGUUUUGAAGAAGAAAGUGCAGGAUUAGAACAAGAUGGAGAAGAAGAAGGAGAUAAAUCUCCCCCUAAACUUGAACCAUCAGAUGCAUUACCUCUUCCUUCAAACUUGGAGACUAAUUCAGAACCACCAACCCUCAAACCAGUAGAACUCAAUCCAGAGCAGAGUAAGCUUUACAAAAGAGUAAAAUUUGAUAAUGAAUUAUAUAGCACUUCCAUUCAGAAAGAAAUAAAUGGACAUACUCCAGAACACUUACUUGACAGUAAUCUCAAUGAGUCGACUGUUUCUGCUGUAGCUGAGUCAUCAACUGAUGUAAACAGACGUACAUCCAUUCUCUUCUGCAAAUCGAAAAGUAUAAGCCCCCAAAAGUCUGCAAAGAACACUGAAACCCAGCCAACUUCUCCACAGCUAGGGACCAAAACCUUUUUGUCUGUAGUCCUUCCAAGGUUGGAGACACUUCUGCACCCAAGGAAAAGAUCAAGGAGUGCAUGUGGAGAUUCUGAGGUUGAUGAUGAGUCCCCUGUAAAGCGCUUGGAUACAGGUCUGUCAAAUGGUUUUGGAGAUGAAAGUAAAGAGAGAGCAUUAGAUGAUACUCCAGGAAGAAAAGUUGAACCUCGUCGCCGCUGUGCAUCAGAAUCUAGUAUUUCAUCUAGUAACAGUCUUUUGUGUAACUCAAGUUUCAGCCUACCAAAGUGUGGUAAAGGUAAACCAGCACUUAUACGAAGACACACACUGGAAGACCGAAGUGAAUUGAUAUCAUGCAUUGAAAAUGGAAACUAUGCCAAAGCAGCAAGAAUUGCAGCUG